AGCGAAACUGUACACUAGCCUGUGCUGUGCGGAAUCAAUCUAAUAGAAGCAGCCGCAUUUCCUAGGGUUAGGGUUUCAGGGCAAGAGUGAAUCAGGGACCGAUGGCUGCGAUGUGCUGAUCUCCUCCGCCGCCGUCGCUCAGCUCUGUUUGGUCGAGAGGGAGCAAGGGUGGCGUUCGUCUGGCAAUCUCACCGCCGCCACCGGCCACCGGCCACCGCCGCGCCGACGAAUCGACCUAAGGACUGAGAGCUUCCAGCGCGCACCACCUGUUCGACGGAAUGCCUCACACAAGCAGGGCAGAGAAAUCGUCAAAGUCCUGCAACGAGGACAGGAUCAGCGCCCUGCCGGACGACGUCCUGCACCAUGUCCUUGGCUUCCUGCGGGCGGAUGAGGCAGUGCACACCAGCCUGCUCGCCAAGCGCUGGCGCUACCUUUGGAAAUCCAUGCGCCGUCUUCGCAUCAACGAAAUGGGGAGGUGGGGGACGAGCACCGGCGGCGUUUUCCUUACCAAGUUUGUGAGCUGCCUGCUGCUCCUCCGAGACCCUGGCUCGACUCUGGAUGAGGUCGAGAUCAAGUAUGAUUAUCAGGUUGAAGGCGACCUUACUUGGAUAUCAACAUGGAUCCAUCAUGCUUUGUCAUGCCAAACUCAGGUCCUCACUGUCAAGUUCCCUUUGCCGGUGUACGGGCCCGGCUAUUUGGAUGGCCCUCCUCUGGUCUCCCAGUAUUUAAGAAGAUUAGAGAUUUCUGAAGCGAGGUUGAAGAGCAACUUCCUAAAUCUUUCAAGCUGUUCAACACUGGAGGAUCUAAAGAUAAAAGAAUGUGACUUUGAUGCUAGUAGCAUCCUGUCCCAGUCUGUAAAACAUCUGAGCAUCAAGGAUUGUUAUUUCAAGGGUGAUGUCCGGAUUAGUAUUUCUGUCCCAAAUCUUGUUUCUCUGGAACUCAAAUCAUAUGGAGGUAGAACCCCAUUUCUCGAAAGCAUGUUGUCAUUAGAAACCGCAGUUGUCAGUGUUGAAGUCUGGUCGGUUGAUUACUGUCGUAAAGGUUUUUCUGCUGGAGAGUGUUGUGGUACAUGUCUAGAUUGCUGUGGUAAUGAUGGCCUCAAGGGUGGUUGCGUACUUCUUGGAGGUCUGUCUCGUGCUAAAAACUUGGAGUUGAUAGCUCAUCCGGGAAUGUUUAUUUUCAGAAGGGAUUUGAGAUGGUGCCCUACAUUUAGUAAGUUAAAGACAUUGUUGCUGAACGAGUGGAGUGUGGAACCUGAUUUCCGUGCACUAGUUUGUAUGCUUGAACAUUCGCCGGUUCUUGAGAAUCUGACACUUCAAUUCAGUAAGCAAGAAGAACCUACAUGUUCAGUGGAAGUGGAAGAAAAUCCUGGUUUGAUGGAGAAACCAGCGGCUAUUUCAGGACACCUGAAGAUUAUCAAAGUGAAAUGUGAAGAGGUUGAUGGCAGAGUUUGCAAAGUUCUGAAUUUUUUGAGUACAUUUGGCAUUGAAAUUACUAUCCAAAGGACCAAGGGAUAGUUGGAGAAAGUGAUUCGGUUUCAAGAGUUGGGAGGAGCUUUUGGGCCGCUGAUGGAUGUACCAGCCAACCAUUGAGUUUCCAGAGGCGGCGAGGCGAGGAACUUUGGGAUGUCAGAUGGAUGUACCAUCCCGUGAGCAUUCAGGAAUGCAAGGCUUGAAAAACUCAUAGCUGUCUUUCUAUCGUGUGAACUCUUAUAAUUUGCAACUCGAAUCCAUUGAGAUGUCUAAACUGAUUACUCUGCUUGGUGUAAUAGAAUCGGGGAAAACAAACAUAAUCUUACUAUGCCUGGGCUAUUGCGAAUCGUAGUUUUGGAGAAAGUGGAACA